UUAAUAACGAACGACAUCCUUACUUCAUUCUUACACCUUGUGAUCUCUUAAUUAGCAUUAGCAUAAAUUAUUAGUCUAAGUUGAUUAUACUGUCUCUGUUGAGUGUUGACGAGACACUCGAUCAGCUGUUGGUGUAGGUCGUUUGGCUGAUAAGUACUUCUUGACGCAGACCACGUUGCGACCAAUUGCACAUUUUUGUGUCUGAUUCAUAAUAACUCUUUGACAAGUGAUUUUAUAUGCUAGUAACCUGUUAAAUACAUAAUAAAUAGUGAAAAAAUGUUAAUAUUUAGAAACAUUGUUAGAGGCCAUUGUAUCAAUGUUUUUAAUCACACGAAAUUUUCCUUAAUCAAAAAUGAUAUUCGUCCAAGUGUUAGUUUUUUCAAGGCAAAGUUACAUACAAAUUCAUCAAUGAAUGAUAAGUUUUAUCAGCAACCCCUGAAAAAAUAUGAAUUGCAAGUGCAAGGGUCUCUUUUUUAUGAAAAUAUAGUUGAUGGAUUGUGCUACGAUAAAUUUUACAGAGAAUACUGCAUGCCAGAUACAUUAUUUUCUUGGUUUCUUGUAACAGAAUUACAUGUGUGGAUGUUUUCAUUUCAACUUAUGCAAGAUGCUAUAAAUGGAGAGAAAUUGAGAAACUCUUUAAUAGAGACUAUGUGGAAUGAUAUUAAUACAAGAAUCAAAAAGUUAAAGGGUGUAAAUACUUCAGUAUUGAAAUAUCAAAUUAAAGAGUUGUCAGAACAAUUCAAUGCUUCUCUUAUAAGUUAUGACGAAGCUAUUCAAUCAAAUGAUGUCAAGUUGGCCAAUCAUUUAUGGUUUCGGUUUUUUCAAAGUACACCUCGAAAUGCCUCUGAAAUAGAAAAUCUUGUAGCAUACAUCAGAGAACAGGUCAAAAUAUUAAAUGCCUGCCAAGAAAUACAACACUUCAGGUUUCCUGAUAAAUAAGCAGUGUAAACAUGGUGAAUUUCUAACAUAGGAAUUUAAUCUACGUUUAUUACACAAUGUAAAUGUUAGACGGUAAAAAGUUUAUAGUCAUUUCUUUUUUUAUGUAAAUAAAUCCUUGAA